AUGCCACGCGCUGAACUAGCCAAGCUGCCCCCAGAGUACGGCCUGUACUCUUCAUUUAUGGGGGUCUUGGUCUAUUGGUUCUUUGCAACGUCCAAGAACAUCACUAUUGGUCCUGUGGCGGUCAUGUCUACACUCAUGGGCUCAGUCAUCAUCAGGGUUCAAGCAGUUCACCCUGAAAUACCUCCACCGGUCCUUGCUUCCGCUCUGGCAAUCAUUUGCGGUACGGUCGUAUUGUUCCUCGGGUUGCUUCGUCUUGGUUUCAUCGUCGACUUUAUCCCUCUUCCUGCUAUCACUACUUUCAUGACUGGGUCUGCAAUCAAUGUUUGUGUUGGCCAAGUGAAGACAGUUCUAGGAGAGAAAGCGCAUUUCUCUACGCGUGGGGCAACCUACGAGAUUAUCAUUGAAACGUUGAAGCAUUUUCCAUCUGCUCGGAUGGACGCUGCCAUGGGUAUCACAGCUUUGGCAAUGUUAUAUGGCAUAUGA